AUGCCCAAGAACAAAAAGGGGAAGCAAAAGGCGCAGCCUCAAGUCAUUGAGGAAGAGGAAGAGGAUUUCGGUACAAUUUUGGAAGACGGAGAGGGUGCUAUGUCCGGCCACUGGGAAGAGAAUGCAGGACCCGAUGAAGGCUGGGAGCAACCUCCAGCUGCUUGGGGCCACGGCGGAGGAGAUUUGGGACCGGCGGAGAACGAUGGAGCCGAAGCGAGCGGGUGGUCGGCAGGUCCUGACGGCGGCGGGAACAACAACAACGCUGGAGCCACGACAAGUGGAUGGGGACCUGAAGCGCCUGGUCCCCCCUCUGGAAAUUGGCCCUCUCCCGCUAGUCAGCCCGCUGCGCCACGUGCACCGUCGGGCAAUCAACCUUGGUCAAACUUGGCUCAAGGCGCUGGUAACUACGCUGGCCCGUCUCCCGCUACCGCCCCUCCUCCCUCUUUGCCCAUGCAAAGACAACCUCAUGCUCUCCGUCAUACCACUGGCCUUCCGAGUUGGCAGAACUGGGGUGCGGAAGCUGCCGCGCAGGCUAGGCCAACGCAACGCGGUGCUGUGAACCAAGGACGCGUCGCUUUCAGGGAGACGCCGUCUGUGAUCCCGUAUCAGUACAGCGCAACAUCUACCGCACCUCCCCUGGUGCCUCCUUCACAACAGAGAUCGGGCAGGAAGACCAGGAAAGCGCCGGCGCAGGAUCCAUGGCCAGCACAGGGAGAGCAAGGAUGGGGAAACACUGCGCAAUCACAAGGGGCACCGAAUUUGGAUGCGAGUCCUUGGCAAGCACCGGACCAGGAUCAUAAUGAUUGGACACAUCAAGACCCUAUCGGUUGGGGUCAAGAUGGCCAACACCAGCAGCAGGAGAGUCAGCCUCAGGACCAGACUUGGGGCCGGGGUCAAGAGGGCCAGCGUUGGCAGCAGGAGAAUCAGACUCCUCAGGCCGAGGGCUGGGGCCAUCAGGACACUGGCCAGAAUCAGUGGGGCAAUGGAGGUGGUGCACCUGACGAGAAUCAGUGGAAUGAUUGGGAGGAGAGGCAGCAGUACUCGAACUCACUUGCCAAGGCGUACGUCCCGCGACUGGAGGAUCCUUCUUCAUAUCCGAUGCCCUCCCGAACAAUGGCUUAUGCUAUGGACAAUUCGCCCGAUGCCUUCAGGCUCGCGAGACCGGUCAAACCAAUUAACGAUUCAGGAAUGUCCGAUUAUGCGCACAGGAAAUUCGUUGAGGCGCACGGGGAAGGGCUGAGGCCAGCGGACAGAGCACUCUUCGGUCGUGAGAGGAGGGCGAGGGAGAGGAUUCAUUGGAAGUUUCCCCACGACAAGGAUCCUAGAGUCAGAGAUACUUUACACUGGAUUCAAGACAAAGCGCACGGCUUGGGGGCUCUGGGUGCCAGAGAGCGCGGCGCCUUGUUUGUAAAUGCCUCAUACACACCUGCGACUGGAGAACCUGCUCUCGAUUGGCUGUCCUAUCACGAAGUUGUAGAGACGCGUGACAAGCUCAUUCAAGAAUCAAUUGGGUUCUAUGACCCCGCCAGACAGGUCAUCGUCUUCACGCUCCUGCCAUCAGCCUCAGGAAACAGUGUCGCGAUGUGGAGGCGCAAGGUAUCUGUCCCAACCAAUUUAAGGUUGGCAUGGGCGCGGGAGAUUGAGUUAGCCAAGGCUGCAUUGAUGAAGGACUAUCCUGUCUAUGUCGACGAGUUAGAAUCUCCUAUAGAAGAGCCGAUCUCGUUCCCUGUCCCUGUCAAAAAGAAGAAGGGUUUUUUCAAAAGGUUGUUCAGAUUGUUCAGGGUACAAUGGUAG